AUAGACAACUCGACGGGUCAAAAAUGGUCGGGCGAUCAGGUGUACGAGUGGGCACUGAAUCUGGCCUAUUAUUUGAUUACUGAAUGUCACCUAAAACCGGGUGAUAUCGUAUGCUUUUUAUGCGCCGACAGUGCGCUACAUGUGGUAGCAAUGCUGGCCGUGUGGGCGGCGGGAGGGGUCUACUGUUCGCUGCCCUCCCGAUCCACUUAUCGUGAAAUCGAUGGGGCGUUGACGGGAAUAGAGCCCGCAUUUCUAGUCACCGAUGCUUUCAAUUAUGGUAUGAGUGCUGUCAUCACCACCGAAAUGAUCACGAUUAAAAAACUUUUGCUAAUCGACCGAAAGUCGGCGACAGAGGGACUGAACGACACACUGGAUGUGUUGGAACAGGUCAUGCAAUACGAGCGCCAAUACCUGCGCCUACCGUUGGAGGGCUCGCCUGAAAACACCUGCGCUUUACUCAUCGCCAGCGCCAACGAUGGCGGCACUAAAGCCGUCCGUCGCUUCCAUCGUAACCUCAUAGCGACGGCCGGCGCUCUUCAGAACCCGGAGCUGUCGGCACUCGUGGCCAACGGCGACACCGAUGUGGUGCUCAUCACCGCUGGCCUCUACUCGCCGUCCGGUUUUAACCUAUGCCUACACGCGCUCAACAAGGGAUCAACGCUCGUGAUCGCCACCUUUGAGGGCACGGGUGACCACUUUUUGCAUUGCAUACAUAGCCAUAGGGUUACCACAGCUAUACUGACAACAUCCCAACUACAUCUAUGUCUUGGGCGCACAGAUAUGGUCCGGAGCUUAAGAGAUGUCUGGUUUAUGGGGACAGCCAUCUCCGAAAAGACACACAACACAGCCAUCGAAUUGUUUGGGAGUUUUAGAAAAAUGCUUUUGACGGCCGAAGCCGGUUGGGUGACCACCGAGUACUUGACCGAAGCCACACCGAACUACACCACAAUUGGCCGACCGGUGGCCGGCGUCCAGCUUAAAGUGGUUGACAGUAACGGCCGGUCAGUGCCGCACAACACGGUUGGCGAGCUAUGCAUUUGCAGCGAUCAG